GGAGUUGUAACACCUAUAUACACUCGUACACCUCUUCGACAGCUGGGGUGGUUGUGGUUGCACAGAGACUUGGAGGCCGCAUCGAGUGGGGUGGACGCAGGAGAGUGCUCUCCUGAACGCCCGCUUAUAAAACUACCGAGUACAAAAAUCAUGGUCGGAGCAUAUGCGAUUUUGAAACUGUCAAAAAUUUUUGCUGCUGUCUCGCUCACGGCACUCGCUUGCCGUUCCAAUAUACCGUAUCGCAACAGAGGAUAUGGAGGUGAGGAUACUGUUACCUUACGUUAUGCAGUUUGUGUAUUUCCGCCGUUCACUGCCUCCCUUUUUGGUGGGAGCAUGGGCAUCGCGUUGGGCGAUCACAUCGUGGACCGGCAAGUUCAGUUCAGGGUAUUGCGAACGGCCUCCCUGAGAGAGAGAGAAAGAGAAACACCACAGCGAGGGAGGGGGAAGGGGCCUAGAUCGUAG